CGCUGAGCGAAGCCUCCCAUACAGAUGAGCGCUGGAAGCCACGCGCCUCUUGACGUAGCCACUGACCGUUUGCGGUGCCACUCGGUCUCCGUAGCACGUAUUGCGCAACGUGACUGAUGCUUUACUGGCUGCACGGCGGGCACAUCCGGCUCCCACCGUCGGCGUGAAUUCAUUAGAAAAGUGGUGUCAUACAGCGGACACCUUUUUUUUCUGAGGAGCUGGGGAGGAAACGAUCCAUCGCUCCACAUCAGUCUGGACUGGACCCUCCCUCUUGUCUUUGGCAGCGGCGGAGAUGAGCUGAGCAGCGUCGGGGCUGCAGUCGUGAUGUGACUGUGAGAGCAGAGCGCACACUGUAGCAUUGCCAGCAGCGUCUUCAUCACUUUUUCCACCGAGAAAUCCAACCGCUGAGGUUUCCACUGUGUUUUUGUGACUACAGAGGUGAUGGCUUCGUUUUGACAGCAUGCAUCAACAGCAGCGGAGCGAGCCGUGACCACAGCCAGAAUUUAGCCAAUGUCCGUGGGUACAGAGCCCCCGUCCGCCCGCAGUCAACAGCGUCUGUGCGGCUCCUCGGUUUGCGGCUUCGUAGCUCUUUGCUGAAGACACACGGGUUCUCUGUGAGGAGGAAGCCAAACUGGAGGCGAGGAGAGGUCGCUGUUUGGUCUAAGGCCGGGCUGUCUGCAGCCCACUGUCUCUCCACAUCCGCCGCGGGGUCUCUAGCUGUGCUGCGAGCGCUGCGCCUUUUUCCUGACUUCUCCUUACCUGAAUUUGUUUGCCUCCUGCAUACAUAAAUACCUUUACUGUGUGUGUGUGAGUGUGUACCGAGACUGAAUUAGUAGAGAGCAGAGCCGCGCUGUGUCUAUGCACCUUCAUCACCCAUGAGAGGACUUCUUGCCGCUGAGAGCUGGAUAUGCAGAGAUUAACGUGAAAGGAUGGAUCUUAUUGUGUGUGUUUUGGGGCUGCUGGCGCUGGUCGUGGAGGGCAUCCGCUGCCAAGGAGUGUAUGCACCUCCGACUGUUCGCAUUAUACACUCAGGUCAUGCGUGUAACGUUGAGGAGGAGAGACACACGGAGCGAGUGUACACCAUCAGAGAGGGGGAGACCCUGGAACUCACCUGCCUGGUAACGGGGCAUCCUCGACCGCAGAUCCGAUGGACCAAGACAGCCGGCAGCGUGUCGGAUCGCUUCCAGGACUCCAGCGUGUUCAAUGAAACAUUGCACAUCGCAAAGAUCCUGAGGACCCAGGGAGGUCGCUAUUACUGCAAGGCUGAGAACGGCCUUGGCUCGCCGGCCAUCAAGUCCAUCAGGGUGGACGUCUACUACCUUGAUGACCCGGUGGUGACAGUGCAUCAGAGUAUAGGCGAAGCAAAGGAGCAGUUCUACUAUGAGAGGACUGUGUUCCUACGCUGUGUCGCCAACUCCAACCCGCCCGUGCGCUACAGCUGGCACCGUGGCAGAGAGGUCCUGACACAGGGCUCGGACAAAGGCGUGGAGAUCUACGAGCCCUUUUUCACACAGGGGGAAACGAAGAUUUUGAAGCUGAAGAACCUGCGCCCGCAGGACUACGCCAACUACAGCUGCAUCGCCUCCGUCAGAAACGUGUGUGGGAUCCCUGACCGCAAUGUUGUCUUCAGACUCACCAAUAAGACGGCCUCCCCAUCCAUCAAGCUGCUGGUGGAGGAUCCAAUCGUGGUGAAUCCUGGCCAGACGGUAUCUCUGGUGUGCAUCAACACAGGUGGGGAGCCUCCCCCCAUACUCACCUGGGUGAGCAGCAAUGACAGCCUGCCACAGAGGAGCGUGGUGAAGGGGGGGACACUCACGCUGCCAGCCAUCACCUCAGACGAGGCAGGUGUUUACAGCUGUGUGGCCAGCAACAAUGUGGGGAACCCGGCCAAGAAGUCCACAACCAUUGUGGUGCGAGCUUUGAAAAAGGGCAGAUUCUGGAUCACUCCUGACCCAUACCACAAUGACGACAACAUCCAGAUUGGACGGGAAGUCAAGAUAUCUUGCCAGGUGGAGGCGACCCCGCCAGAGGAGCUGACGUUCAGUUGGCUCAAGAACGGCCGUGCCCUGCGCAGCUCUGAGCGCAUGGUCAUCACCCAGACGGACCCGGACAUCUCCCCGGGGACCACCAACCUGGACAUCAUAGACCUGAAGUUUACCGACUUCGGCACAUACACGUGCGUUGCCGCACUGAAGGGCGGAGGCAUCCCCGAGAUCAGCAUUGACGUCAACAUCUCGUCCACUACUGUCCCUCCUCUGUUUUUCUCUUUCUUAGUUCCCCCCAACCUGACAGUGCCCCGGGGCAAGUCCCCCCUGGUGGCCCGAGAGGGUGACACAGUGGAGCUGGAGUGCCUUGUUUCAGGAAAGCCCAAGCCCAUCAUCCUGUGGUCACGAGCAGAUAAGGAGGCGCCAAUGCCGGAUGGCAACAUGCAGAUGGAGAGCUACGACGGUGUGCUGCGUAUUGUUAAUGUGUCCAGGGAGAUGACGGGCUCGUACCGCUGCCAGACCAGCCAGUAUAAUGGUUUCAACGUGAAACCCAGGGAGGCCGUGGUGGAGCUGAUCGUACAAUACCCUCCGACGGUGGAGCCGGUUUAUACAGAAAUGCGUCAAGGCCUGGGCAGACCCGUGGUGAUGACCUGCAGGGUGCUGCGAGCACAUCCCUCCCGUGUGCUGAGAUUCGAGUGGCUCCUUUCAAACCGUUUGCUCCACGCUGGAGCCUUUGAUGCCCAGAAAGACGAGACAGAGUACACGAUUCGCAGCCUGAAUCGAGACGGCUGGGGGGAGUACACCUGUAAUGUCAUCAAUGAGGCCGGCGCUGGCAAAUGCACCUUCCAGGUUACAGGAAAGGCGUAUCCACCUGAGUUCUACUAUGACACCUACAGCCCUCUGUGGCAGAACAGACCCAGAGUCUACGGCUUCAAGCUGCAGUGGACCCAGAUGAACCCCAAUGCUGUGGACCGCAUUGUUGCCUACAGACUCGGCAUCAAACAGAUGGGCUUGCAGCGCUGGUGGGAACAAGAAAUCCCUGUGGACGGAGCAAUUAACAAAGGAGAGCUCAUGACGCACAACCUGACUGAGCUGAUAAAGCCUGAAUCCUUCGAGGUGCGCCUCACCCCCAUCACUCGUUUUGGAGAGGGUGACUCCACCAUCCGUAUUGUGACCUACAGCGCUCCCAUCAACCCUCAUCUGAGAGAGUUCCACUGCAGCUUUGAAGAGGAGCCCAUCUGCAUGUUCACCCAGGACAAGAAUGAUGAUUUUGAUUGGACUCGGCACAGUGCAGCUACCCGUGACACCAAGUAUACUCCCAACACGGGGCCUAGUGGUGAUCGCAGUGGCUCCAAGCAGGGUUUCUACAUGUACAUCGAGACAUCGAGGCCGCGGAAGGACGGGGACCAGGCGCGGCUCGUCAGCCCGUUUUUUAACGUAGCGCCCAAAAACCCUUACGGUAUCACCAACCCGCCUGCCUACUGCUUCGGCUUCUUCUACCACAUGUAUGGAAAACACAUAGGAACUCUGAACGCCUUCCUAAAGCAAAAGGGCCAAACAGCCUCUGAGGGACCCGUUUGGUCGCUAAGUGGUAACCAAGGUGACCGCUGGAAGCAGGCCAAAGUAAGCAUUCACCCGACAGCGUCCUUUCAGGUGGUACUGGAAGGUAUCCGUGGACCAGGUAUUGAAGGAGACAUCGCCAUCGAUGACGUCACUCUUGAGGAGGGAGAAUGUCGAGACCCACCGCCCAAUCUCAUCUCCGGGGCUCCAUCGACCUCCACCCAUAUAUGGCUGCUAUGCAUCACCUUGGUGAUGACCCUCCUAGAAGGUCAGAGGUGACCCCUCCUUCGUCAUCUCAGAGGCCAAUAUUCAGACCCACCGUCUGUGAGCUAUCCUCGGCAUCCAGUCACCAAAGAUUCAUGCAUCCUGAGAGCAGCAGGGGUUCUCUGACGGACCGCGGAGGGACCGAAAUCAAUAAGUGGAAAAAAAAAUUGUGAUUAAAAAAAAAAAAGUGACAUAAAAAGUAAUAAAGAAGAUGCCCUAAUUUUUUAAAGAGACCUCUUUUACAGAAAACACUCCUCGGUGCAGGACGUGGGACAUGUUCACGAGCACAAAGACAGGUGCGGGCAGUGGAUAAACCUGGACUUUGGUGAAAAAGCGUCACAAGCGUCGACGGAGGACAGUUUGUAAAGCACAAGAACAAUUUUAUGAAGUUAUGAAAAUAUUUCUGGAAGGUGGCCGUAUAUAGACACAGCUGACUUUUUCAAAAGGAAAUAACAUUUCCCUGCUUACAAUUACAUAGAGACAGACCUUUUCUCUGUGUUUCUUCAUCUUCAUUUUCUUGCACCAGAUGCCAAUCUCCGACAUUGGUUUUUCACUGCAGCCCAGCCCCCACGUCACACCUUGGCAUUUAUAAAUCUGCUUGGUGCUUUAUUGUAGAAAAACAUGGACUCUGGCAACUUUAAGUUCUGUCUGCUUACUCCCCUGUAGCUGCCUAUGUAUCUCUUAACACUGUGCUCACGAGUCCAAGUGGCCAACCGCCAGUAUGGUGGCAGAAUAAAAGAAGAAGAAGAAGAAUCAGCGUGGGAGAAGACACCGGGACUGGAGGGCAGAGAGAACUUCAAGCUUAUGAGUGGUGGAACGAGGGCAGAGAGGAAGAGCAGAGGAAGAGGAGGAGCAGGCAGAGAGUAGAGGAAGUUCAGACGAGUGAGGCCUGACUCUAAUAUUCAGUCAGCGGUCCACCUGUGGAACCGAAGCCACUUUACUUUCUGCCAUGAAACAAAGUGCCUUCAGAUUACAAACCGAAUCGUGAGCCUGGGCGUUAAUCGACACUUAACACAUCUCUGUUCAUGUUUCCUCUGAUGGGCUAUUUUCUACAUGUUUCUUUCGCCCCACAAGUGCUGACGGGAGGACAUGCGCGCGUUCAAGAGGGAGGAUGGUGGCUGUGCAACACCUGGAUUUUACUCCUGUUGGGACAGUUGCCCGUAUGUGUGUGUGUGUGUGAGUGUGUGGUUGUGUUUGUGUGUGUGUGUGUGUGUGUGCGUGCAUGCGCCUAAGCCUAUGCCUACGUGUAUUUCAAAGUGAGGGCAGCCGAACAGGCACGACUGGCAAGACCCAAGCACAGGUUUGGAAGGAAAAAAAAAUCGAUUAUAACGGCAGCAACAGUGAAAGUCUGGCUCUGGAUCUUUUUUGCAUAAGGACAGUUUAAGUUCAUACGAGAGGAUUAAGACGCUUUGUUGACUUAAUACCCCACUUUCUUCCCAUAAUUCUCCCUCUCUGCAGGUGAGCAUUUUUUUAAACAAAGAAGAACAACUGCUGAAUCAAACUGUGUACAGGGAGGAGAUUAUAGGAACCCUUGGACCGCAGGCUCUUCAUGAGGGUGAUUUGCCUCGUCCCUGUGUGCCACCGUUUCUAUGGAACAAUAUCAGAAUAAAAGAUAAUAAUGACCAUAAUAAUAGUCAUGAUAUUUUAUUACUCUAGUGAGAAUGUUUCUCUGCUUUUACACAAACUGUGAAGAUUGACUGUGGAAGAUCUACCUGAGACCAUAACCUUAACCAGCGGGGUUUUUAAAAAUGUAUUGUAAAAAAGAGAAAAUAAGAAAAUGAAAAAUUCCGUUCAUUGUUGGUUAUGACAAAUGUUUUUGAGGACUUGUGUCUUGUUUCCUAAGUUUUUCUGUUGAAGAUGACUUAACUUCCUUUCUCUUCUUGUUGUCUCCCUUUGCAUUGCUGAAGUAUCAAAGCUGACGAAAGCAUAAGACGUAAACCAAUUUGGUAACUGUAUAACUUGUAAAUGUUAAAGAAGCUCUAUUCAAAGGUUUAUGAUAAAUGUUUUAUGUUGGAGUACAGGAAGCACAACAUACAGUUCAAGGUCUGAACAUAUAAAAAUCCAUUUUUUAUAUUUCUUUGCAUGUAUGUGACCCACUUCCAAACACUCAGGCUCUGGAGCAAGUCCACAGUUAACGGCAGAUCCUUUUGUGUCAUGUUCUUGCAACACUGAGGCAAACCUGUUUAGCUGUGGCGUGCUGUCUGGCUUCACAGUGUUGUGGUCGUUCAGAUAAUGUAGCCUCUUCAGUGGAAGCCUGAGUUCGCCUGGAGUGGGUCGCGUACAUGUGUGAGCAUAAGCUGUGUACAAUAGAUGUGAUGAGAAACUGAUACAUGUAAAAGAAGAUAAAUAUGCCAAGCAAAACAGAGCAGAAUGAUGAGCAUUUCAGGGCAUCCUUACGUACGCUACUAUAUCAUUACGGCCUCUCUGAUGUGAUCACAGGCGUUAACAUGCUGUCCAUUUCUCUUUUGUUUGCUUUUCUGUUUUAGAUCGUUUCGUUUCCAUAAGGCCCAGAUCAACGUGAAUGUAAAAAAGAGAGUAGAUUCUUGUCUAAAUAGAUGUAAUGUUUCUCCAACGCAUCUGUUUGUGUGUUUGCGUGUUUGUGUGUGGUUGAUGAGAACUUGCAGACAUUCACACUUGUCAACAACAAGACGUUGGACUGACUUUGACGUCAUUUCCAUGUGAGUAAGCUCAAAAAAAAAAAUCCACCUAUUUGCUAUAUCCUUUUGUGGUUUAGGUAUAAAAUUGCUCAAGUGCUCCAUGUGAUCUUCACUGUUUCUAAGUAUGGAUAUGAGUUGAUAAGGACAUUUUGGUAACUGUUUCUUUUACAAACCCCUGAUCAAUAUAUGAUGUGAAUAAAAGAAGUCAGCAUAUGAUAGCAUUACAGAUUACAGCUGGAUGUACAUGAAAUAACAUAUUGUUUUCAUUGUUGUCAACGGUUAAAUUGAAUAAUAACACAUGUAGGGAAAGUCACAAACUUGUCAAGGCUUAGAGUACAAAUUCAACCCCUCCUUACUUACCACGGAAACGACUUGGCUCCGUCUGAACCAUUUUCUUUUAAAUAAUUAAGAUAACUAGUUAACGCAAACAUGAGUUACACGCCAAGAAAUGGUUUGGCAUGUAACUCGUGUAAAAAUGAAAAUAAUGAAUCAUUAUUUCAUGGACAGUUGAGGUGCAGGCAGGCUGACAUAAGGAAUAUUAUAUUCAUUGUAAUUUUCUCAAUGACAAGCUUUUUUUAAUCAGGAGACCUCGGUUCUUUUCAAACUGCUGAUGGUCCAAUCGUGUCAGCAUCUCUAAAUCUACUGUAUAAGUAGCUCACAAAAAUAUCAAACUAUUGCUUUAAGAGGCACAGUGUGUGAAAUGUAAUGGUGAAGUUGCAGCUGAACAUCCCUCACCUCUCCCUGUGUGUGUUGGAUGUAGCCUUCAGUUAUAGCAUCAAAACGUUCUCCAUUGUGUCCAAAACUAUUAAAAAAAACCAGAGAGCUCAUUCAAAUCCUUAUAUAAAUAUAAAAUAUGAAAAGCUCGUUCUGGGGUUCAGGGAAAGCAAUUAAAUUAAAUUAUGGCCAAAUCAAAAAUAAUUUCACCUACUUUUUACACACUAGACCGCCUAAUUCUACAGUAUGCACUUGUCUUUGUAUGCCCUCUCAAAUGUGACACACCUCAUUUGUAUUCAGUUUGACAGUGAGGCUAUGAAAACCUGGGUACAUUCAUGCAAAAAUGUUGCUUACGUGAAGGGAAAUUUCUGAGAAAUGCAAGUAAAAUCAGACAGCCACAGGAAUUGCUUGUUUUUCAUAGUAAUUUCAGCUCCCCAGUAUCCUUGAUUGCUAAUUCUGUUUACUUUGCAUGUCUCAUGUCAGCCGCUGGCCUCUUGUCUGUGUGUGUACGAGGGAUGUGAUGUGAGGCCGGUGAGUGGUUUACACCCCCAGCUCUGCUCUGUCGAUCGAUACGUGUUAUUUGAGAGUGUGCCGCGUUACAGAGUUUACUGACUGUAUUUAAAUAAUGAGCAAGGCUUCUCUUGUGGUGGAAGUAGCUUUGGGUUAGUUGCAGAUGUAGCAGGAGCUUGUAGGAGAAUCACACUUGAGGUGAUAAGUGUUACAUUAUUACAUUACAUUACAUUAUAAUAUAAUGCAAUGUAAUAAGUGUUAAAAUAAAGAAAGAAAGAAAGAAAGAAAUCACAUAUUUUCUUAAUGGCAACUUCCAGGAUAACAUGACAUUAGAUUGUCCCUUAAAAAAAAAGGGAUAAAAUCGAACGCUGCACUGCUCAAACAGAGCACUGAUGUCAUCACCUGCACACCUUACAAUCAUUGGAUUAAUCAACUGACUAAUGACAACUAAUCAAACAGGUGUUGAAUGCCGCCCGUGUAACCUGAUACUUUCCCCUACUAUUGAUUUGCGUAAUCAGUCUGAGAAUAAAACAUUUUGUGUGUCUGGCAGGUGUCGCCGCUCCAUCUCUGUAGUCAUUUCGGAAGCUGUAAAUGGCGAUCGUGUUGUAUUUUGGUCGCAUUGAGUUUAUUCCGCUGCAAAGGGUAACAGCACAUGAGGCGGAAAACAUGUUAAAACACGUCUUUAAUAGGAUACAAACAGAUGAAGCCACUAAAAAGAAAGAGCUGCAGCAGUAAUGUUUACACUCCCCACAAAAUAAGGUGUAUGAGCCAGCAGUUGUAUUUCUUUGUUAUACAUUGUAACGGUCACAGUAUAACUUAGAAAAUUGUCUUUUUCCCUUUGUAACAUUGUGAAAACAAACAGCACAAGUCUAUUUUUACUGCAUGGAAGAGGCAAUAACUGUUUGAUAGCUGAAAGGAGAAAAGCAGGAUGUGUGCAGGGCAUGGAGAGAAAAAAAAUAAUAGUGUUUUUCUUGCUUACUGAAGAAGUGGCAUGUGUGACCUGCAGUCUUUGUGCUAUGUAUGAGCCGGGCAUAUUGUUCUUAAUUAAAGUGACAAGGAAAUAACCUAUUCGUGGACGGGGUAAAGUGCUGGAAUACUAAGAAAACAAACAAUGCUGUUUUAUCUUGGAUUUCUCUUCAUUCUUUUGAAUAUUUCCUUUUGUGUGUCUAUGAAUACGUUGAUUAUACAGUUGUGCAUGAAUGUACCCAGUGCUUACAUUAAUAGCAUUAAAACUGAGGUGCCAGAGGAUUAAGGGAUGGGGUUUGUCAGAGUUGGUGCAGGCUGGAGACUCAACGUAAUUGCUGUAACAUGCAAGUUUGCUGAAACAAUUUCCAAGGUUCUUUGUUGAAUUUGAUUAAAGCUAUCCAUGUGAGUAGAACCAUGGCCACUUGGUAUUUGAGAAAAUGUAAUUUAAAACAAACUAUUGCCUUAAUUCCAAAAAGUGCAAACCUUGUAAUAUUAUCCAAGUUGAAAUGAUUUUACUAAGAAAAUCCAAUUCCGUGCGUUCGUGCUGCAGAACUCUAACUGUAAUGCAGUGAACGGCAGUUUUAAUUUGAGAGACUUUCAGCUGUCAUUUACAUUUUUACCUGUUUAGUUUUCCCUAACCUUAUAUUUAACUGCCCAUUACCUAGUGAUUCAGGGGUCUGUAAAAGGAACAUUCCCAACAUCGCUCAUUCUCUGUUCCACCUAGAAGGGCUUUGUCACAGUGUACCAUACAUCACGCCCACAAAAUAAUCUAUUCAGCUCCACGAGUGUGAUGUGAUUGCAUUAUUAGCAUACACACCCAAGAAAGACCAAAGUGCCAAAAAGUGGGGAAAGCAUUCAGACGACGUGACAGUCACAGGGAAUUUGGCACUUUGACUUUAAAUAUUAAGGAAUCAAACAGGAAACCUGCAUUUUUUAUACGAUUUAGAUUUAUUUUCUCCACUAAAUUUCCAUGCAGUAUUUUUUUUUUUGUUCACUUCCACACAAUGGCUAGGCAGUAUAGUGAGUGACUUGUUGACAGGAGGCUGACUGCAGUCUCACUAAAUAACUGGAAAAGCUGAGAUCUCAUUUUAGUCUGUCAGGGAAGAAGCAGUAUGUCACCAUUUGAUUCCUUGGCUGCUCACUCUGACACGUUUACCAGAGGGAAAACUGCCACCUCUUGCUACCUUCUCUUUUGGAGUUAGAGUGAAUUUUUACUUCUCCUUGUCUGCCCUGUCUGUCCUCCUCCUGUUUUUACCUGCGUUGAUUUGUAAUCACACAGCAGACAGGAGCAACAUGUGACUCCCCCCCUUUUCCAUUUUCCCUAAUUACCAGUAAUGCCGCUGACUGUGUGCGGGACGACAACACAAAUACAUUCACCAUUCUUUUAAAUGCCCCCGUGGAUGUGACGAGAUUUGCUGUAAUAUCAAGGCUGUGGAGAAAGCAGUGUUUCAGUGAUGUUAUCUAUCUUGUUCUGUGCUGCCACCCUGUAAUGAUGACCUGUCACUCUUCUCUGUUUUGUGCUCUAUAUUUAUAAACCGUAUGAUCAGGCUUCUUUUUCACUGUAUUUCUUUGAAUUUGUCACCCAUUUUUGUGCCAUACCUGCAACUAAUGAAAAAAUAAAGCAAAGGAAUAUUUUA